ACUGAGAACACAACUACACCUGAGAGCACAAGUUUAAGCGCUCCUACAACUGAAAGCACAACCACAAGCGAUCCUGCAACCGAGAGCACAACCACAACUACAAGCGCUCCUACAACCGAAAGCACAACCACAACUACAAGCGCUCCUACAACCGAGAGCACAACCACAAGCGCUCCUGCAACCGAGAGCACAACCACAACUACAAGCGCUCCUACAACUGACAGCACAACCACAAGUGCUACUACAACUGAGAACACAACUACAAAUGCUACUGCAACCGAGAGCACCACUACAAGCACUCUCACAACUGAAAGCACAACCACAAGUACUACUACAACUGAGAACACAACUACAAGUGCUCCUGCAACCGAGAGCACAACCACAACUACAAGCACUCCUACAACUGACAGCACAACCACAACUACAAGCGCUCCUACAACCGAGAGCACAACCACAACCACAAGCGCUCCUACAACCGAGAGCACAACCACAAGCGCUCCUACAACCGAGAGCACAACCACAAGCGCUCCUACAACCGAGAGCACAACCACAAGCGCUCCUGCAACCGAGAGCACAACCACAAGCGCUCCUGCAACCGAGAGCACAACCACAAGCGCUCCUACAACUGACAGCACAACCACAACUACAAGCGCUCCUGCAACCGAGAGCACAACCACAAGCGCUCCUACAACCCAGAGCACAACUACAACCACAAUCGCUCCUACAACCGAGAGCACAACCACAAUCGCUCCUACAACCGAGAGCACAACCACAAGUGCUCCUACAACUGAAAGCAAAACCACAAGUGCUACUACAACUGAGAACACAACUACAAGUGCUCCUGCAACCGAGAGCACAACCACAACUACGAGCACUCCUACAACUGAAAGCACAACCACCAGCGCUCCUACAACCCAAAGCACAACUACAACCACAAGCGCUCCUACAACUAAGAGCACAACCACAAUCGCUCCUACAACACCUUCAGUAGUGGCUGCAGCAUUUAACUUCACCUUCAUCAUGAAUGAUCCCUUUGUUGAAGCUCUCUCCGAUCCCAACUCUAAUGAGUUUAAAAACAAAGCUGCAAGAAUCAUUAACACGGUAUGUUUUAUUGGUGAUGGAAAUGAUGAAUAA